AUGAAGGUUCUGGUCGCACUGUCCGCUGUCCUGGCGCUGGGCGCUGCCCAGUACUCGCCGGUUGGGUACCCGUACUCCGGGUACAGCCCGGUGAGCUACUACGCCGCCGGCGCGUACAACCAUUACGCCCCGACGGCGUACAGCGCGGCGCCAGCCGCUGCCGUCAGCUCGCAGUACCACGCUCAGGAUGAGCUGGGCCAGUUCAACUAUGGCUACGCCGGAGGACCGUCUGCCAAGAACGAGUUCAGGAGGUUCGAUGGUGCCACCGUUGGCAGCUACAGCUACAUAGACGCCAACGGCAAGGUGCAGACCGUCUCCUACACGGCCGACGAUGUCAACGGCUUCCAGGUGAAGGCGACCAACCUUCCUGUGGCCCCGGAGGCGAACCUGCAGGCGCCCGUGUUCAACCUGGAGACGCCCGUGUUCGACGGCGUGGCUCCCGAGCCGGUGCAGGACACGGCCGAGGUGGCCGCCGCCAAGGCCGAGUUCCGCAAGAACGCCGUGCUUUUGCCCGCCCUGGCCAAGGCCACCUUCAAGACGGCAACUCUGGAUAAGGUGGAGGCCGACACCCCGUCCGACACCAGCCUGCUCAAGGUGACCGAGAAGGAGCACGAGACGUACGUGCCCAGCGUGGUUCCUUACGCCGCCCCCGCCGUCCACUACGCCGCCCCGGUGAUCUCCUACGCUGUCCCCGAGGUGAAGAAGGUUGAGGUCAAGGCAGCCCCCAUCACCUACGCUGCUAACGCCUUCGCCUACGCUGCUCCUGCUAUCACCUACACCACCCCUGUGGUCAAGAAGGUUGAGGUCAAGCACGUGGCCUCUCCUCUUCCCCUGACCUACGGCCUGCACCCGUACGGCUACGGUGCCCCUCUCAUCUACGACGUGGAGGCCAAGGAGAAGAAUGCCGCUGUUGAGGAGGCUGCCGAGGAGGAGCCGGCCGUCGCCACCUUCAAGACGACCACUCUGGAUAAGGUGGAGGCCGACACCCCUGCCGACACCACCCUUCUCGAGGUCACCGAGAAGGAGCACGAGACGUACGUGCCCAGCGCGGUCGCGUACGCCGCCCCUGCCGUCUACUACACCGCCCCCGUUGUCCCCUUCGGAAGACGGUGA